AUGGAGGUGACAGGGCUCUUGCUGGAGCAGAGACCAACCUACAAAGCUGUCCUUUGCCCAGGGGACCUGGGCCUAGCAGACAACAUCCAAAUCCCUGUCUUUAAAAGCAGGUCAAGAGCCGAACCCUGCCUACGUGAGGAGUUGAAGGAUAAAUGCUUCAAGGACUGGAAGGAUGUUUUUGAUUCCCAGGCCUUGGGAACACGGGCGGGCGGGUCUGGUGGAGCCAGGGAUGAAAUCCGGGGGAAAGAGCUGCAGCCAGCCCGCACGGUACGGCAGCUGUUGCUGUAUAUUACCCCAGAGAGCCAGAGCCCACGGGGGGGCUGGAGGCGAGGCGGCGGUGGUCGAGCUCCAGAUGCCGACGUGCCGGUGAGCAGCAACGGGGAGAGCGAUAGAGCCCAUGGGCUAGAGGAGGCGAGGACCCGGCUUGGCAUCUCUGAGUGGGAUCCAGACGAGCCUGAGCUGAGCAUGCCAGAGCCAGUGCUGCUCGGCGUGGACAAGAAAGCGGCGGAGAAGAAGCGAGCAGAGAAGGUGGGAGCCAAAGGCAGCACUGCCGGGCUUCCAGUCCCAAAGAGCCUUCCCGUGCAGGGGAAGGUGGAGCCCCCCAGCCUGGACCCCGCGGAGGAGCCGCUCCUCUGGGAAGGGCUCACCCUCAACAAGUGCAUCCUGGUGGCCUCCGUCGUCGCCCUGCUCAGCGUCACCUUCCAGGUGCUCCAAGCGCCAUGCUCCAGGGAGGCAGUCGGCCACGGCAGGCAGGACCCUCCGCCACCUCCCCUUCACGAGGUGGUCAGCGCCAAGGAAGAGGAGGUCCAAGAAGUGAUGACUGCCCAGCCCGCCCAGCCCGAGAGCAGCAUGUUCGAGGAAAAUGAUGGUGACGACGAUGGUGAUGAUGACGGCGAUGCUGACAGCAACCUGGCAGAGCCCUGGAUCUUCAAGAAGUGGUUUGGCCGCUCGUUCAUUUUCACUCGCGGUCCCUGA